CCACCGCCGUCGCCGCGGUGACCGUCCUCGCGGCCAGCCGGCUCGCGCCCCGCCUACGGCCCGCCGCCCCCUCCCGGCCGGCAGCGCUCCGGGGGAGCCGCUCGCUCCGCCCGGCCGCUCGGCCGCUAGAGUCUCGGCCGCUGCAGCUGUGCCUCUUCUCUCUGACUCGGGUUUUCUUGGCGCCGCCGCCGUCCCUGCGGGCUGCAUGAGGAGAGGAGGAGGAGGAGGAGGAGGAGGAUGUGAAGAUGGCGGAGCUGCAGAUGCUGCUGGAGGAGGAAAUCCCGGGGGGCCGCCGGGCCCUCUUCGACAGCUACACGAACCUGGAGCGGGUGGCCGACUACUGCGAGAGCAACUACAUCCAGUCAGCAGAUAAACAGCGAGCCCUAGAGGAAACCAAAGCCUACACCACCCAGUCAUUGGCGAGCGUUGCCUACCUGAUAAACACCUUGGCCAACAAUGUCCUGCAGAUGCUGGAUAUCCAGGCGUCACAAUUACGAAGGAUGGAGUCUUCAAUCAAUCACAUUUCACAAACAGUUGAUAUUCAUAAAGAGAAAGUUGCGAGAAGAGAAAUUGGUAUUUUAACUACCAAUAAAAACACUUCAAGGACACACAAGAUUAUUGCUCCAGCCAACCUUGAACGACCAGUUCGUUAUAUUAGAAAACCUAUUGACUAUACAAUUCUAGAUGACAUUGGACAUGGGGUAAAGUGGUUGCUUAGAUUUAAGGUGAGUACACAAAACAUGAAGAUGGGCGGGCUUCCACGCACGACGCCUCCGACUCAAAAACCGCCCAGCCCCCCGGUGUCAGGGAAGGGGACACUUGGGCGGCACUCCCCCUACCGCACCCUGGAGCCAGUGCGUCCUCCAGUGGUGCCAAAUGAUUACGUUCCUAGCCCAACCCGUAACACGGCUCCCUCGCAGCAGAGCCCUGUGAGGACAGCUUCUGUCAAUCAAAGAAAUCGAACCUACAGCAGCAGCGGCAGUAGCGGAGGAAGCCACCCGAGCAGCCGCAGCAGCAGCCGGGAGAACAGCGGCAGCGGGAGCGUGGGGGUCCCCAUUGCCGUGCCCACGCCGUCCCCUCCCAGCGUCUUCCCGGCCCCCGCCGGUGCCGCCCCUGCAGGCGCGCCCCCCAUGCCAUCUGCCCCUUCCGCUGCCCCCGUCCCCUCGGCCGCCCCGGACGCUGCUGCUGGGGGCGCCCAGACCCUUGCCGACAGCUUCACUUCUGCAGCGCCUCCUGUGUCUUCCAACCCACCCGCAGGCCAUCCGGUUCAGUUCUACAGCAUGAACAGGCCGGCCUCCCGCCACACACCGCCCACCAUUGGGGGCUCCCUGCCCUACCGCCGCCCACCCUCCAUCAGUUCGCAGGCCGGCCUUCAGCCCCAGGUGAACGGUGGACCUUUCUAUAGCCAGAACCCAGUAUCUGUUGCUCCUCCUCCUCCCUCCGUCCUACAGGUAACUCCUCAGUUACCUUUAAUGGGAUUUGUGGCCAGAGUCCAAGAAAAUAUUUCAGAUGCGCCGCCGCCGCCGCCCGCCGAGGAGCCUGGCCUGGCCGAGUCACCACCCCCGCCGCCACCGCCGCCGGAGGACUACGAGGAGGAGGAGGCGGCCGUGGUGGAAUACAGCGACCCCUACGCCGAGGAGGACCCACCCUGGGCGCCCCGCGCCUACCUGGAAAAGGUUGUUGCUAUCUAUGAUUACACAAAAGACAAGGAAGACGAGCUGUCUUUUCAGGAAGGAGCCAUUAUUUAUGUCAUCAAGAAGAAUGACGACGGUUGGUAUGAGGGAGUCAUGAAUGGAGUGACGGGGCUCUUCCCAGGGAAUUAUGUGGAGUCCAUCAUGCAUUACUCUGAGUGAAGCGCAGAAGGCUACACCCACCUUGCAGAAACAGCCAGGUCUUCCCAGGCUGUCCAAAGGCCUUGGGCUUUCCCUUCAGUGAGACAGAAUGAAGGAUACAAACGAUAAAAACUACUUUGUUUUUUUGGUUUAUCCUCCAGUAUUAAAAAAGCAAGCCAAGUCUGAACAAAUGGACCUUUCUGCCAUCAUUUGUACUAUACUGAGCUGUCUGGAUUGAAAUAAAGUGACCAUUUCUGAGUAUGUCAAAGGUAUAACAACAUAAUUAUGUAGCUAAAAUAAAUCAGAUUAAGACUGAUUCAGGAAAAAAAUUGAGGAUCUUUCUCAGGAAUUCUGUACACUCUUGGGCGCUCCCUUCCUGCUGAAUCUGUGGCAGUAAACCCAUUCCAUUGCCUGUGCUAAAGCAAGGGUUAACCUCACGGCCCAGCAGGUAGCCCAGCCCCUCAUCCUUUUCCACUUGUACAAAGAGGAGACCAAUAUUUAAAUCCCGUACUUCACUAUUUUUCAAAUAGUUUGAGAUGGCUUUUUCCUUAUCAACACUGUAAAUUCUGCACUCUCUAGUACUUGGGUGUGCCAGGCAGGUUAACGCUAAGCCUGCUUGUGUCUGAUCUUGUUUCCACUUGUACGUAUGGGGUGAUGUGUGUAAGUCGCCAGGCAUCUUGAGGGGGGUGACAGUGGCCACAGUCUCAUUCUGACCUGCUGCUGCUGCUUCGGGGACCUCCCUGGUCUGGGAAGGGGAGUGGACUGGCCUGGGCACGGGGCUGGUAUGUGCAGCUGGGCAGGAAGGUUCCCAAGGCCAUGAGAAGCAAGCCAGGAGUGCGCCCCCAGCAGGCCUGCUGAGUCCUCACCUUCAGUGCUGCUUCACGAAGUAGCUCUUGGAGAUGAGACCAGCUCUUUCUCCUUUUACAUUUUAGAAAAACACUAGUUUUCGUUUUGAAAGAACAGCAAGUAUUUUCAAGUCUCUGACAGUCACUGGCCGCUAACGUGCUCUCUGAAUGUUAACCAAUGGCCAGUGCUGGCUGCUGCUGCUGCACCCCCCUGAGCUCUAGGGAAGGUAAAUACUCAUCUGACUUCGUGUGACUGAGCUCUACAGUAGCUGCUUUUAGUAAUAAUUUGAACCUUCUGAGAAUGAGACUGCUGUGGAGUGAGAUUAAUAUGCCAAAAUACUUACCUAGUUACACUGAUAAAAUCAAAAGAAUUUUCAGAGAAACAGUAAGCACCUCCCUCUGAACAUGACACCUUCACCUCCAAGGAAUUUGUAUAUCUAGUGGCUGCAGUCAUAACCUUUGUAAUCAAUAUUAAAUACUGGAAAACAUCUGGGAGAUGCUAGGUGCCCAGUAGGUAAGGCGGUGGUCGCCCAGCCCAGGUCACCAGGUAGCCUCCUCUGGUGACGGUGGGAGGCGACAGUUGCAUAUGUUUCAAAUGAGGGCCUUAAGCAUUAUGGUAGCGAGGCUAAAGUUGGUUGGAAAAGAAAUGUGUGUGUAGUGUGUGAGGAAAUGCAGAUGGUAGGCAGAAGCUCAUAUGCCACUUGUGGAUCUGUUACCAAAGCAUAAAACUUCACAAUUUACCUGGGACCCCACUAUAGGUCUGCUUAUCAAGACUUUUGUUUUAACUUGUAGGUAAAACAAAAUGAAACAAAACAAAACCCAUUACAACUUAGCAGGUUUGAUUUUAGAUAAUGGCCUUCAAUGUUCUCUGAGCCUUUAAUUCCACUAACCCAACAAGACUAUAUAUUUGGAUAGGUUAAAAUCUUAGUAUUGGUGCACAGCUGGGAAACCGUUUGAAACAAAUAGUUCCAAUGGUUUAAGUAACUUUUUGCUGAGAAACUGUAAUGGGUUACUAGGCAGAGGGUGUUUGAAAAUCCAGUCGCCCCUCACCACCACAGAGCAGCCACAGCAGUGAAAGCACAGUGGGCAGCCUCACCCUCUAGACCCUCGAAGACACUGGCCAUGCCUCCGGUGCUGAGGACUGCAGGGGGCUGUGGGUCAGCUGAUUUUUUUCUAUAUUAUUUAGUACUACUGCGUGUGAUUUUGCGGGGGGGCAUAUUUUAAAUUUUUGUACAGUUUUGAAUUCUAGAUUGUCUUUGAAGGAUACUAUGAAAUAAUUACGAGCCAGGCCUACCAGAAUUGGAGACUUCAGUGUAUGUAGUAUCACAUAGGCUGCAUGCUGUUAAAUAAGUCUAUGAGGGUAGUAUUUCCUGUUUUAUUGUAAGUUUCUACCUUUUAUCUUAUAAACUAAAAGAUGGUGUUAGGAAUUUCAAAUGAAUUCAGAUCUUGGAUGCUGCAAGAUGUAUUAAUACUGUAGCAGAGAUGAUCAGACUAAAAUCUGCUGACUGUGAACUCGCCAUGUUACCAAGGUAGAGGGAAUUUAAUGAGGCUGUUGUUUUACAAGAGUUUCUGACUAUGUGACCACUCUUUUUCUUAAAAAAAAAAAAAAAAAAAAAAAAGCGGAGUAAAUAAUUGUCCCUUUUGGGUAUUAAUAUUUGAAAGUUUCUUGUUAUGUUUGAUGAUGACCAAGGUAAUAAAUUGGAAACAAAAUCAGUGCCAGUGUUUCAAAUUAUCUAGACUUGAGAGAUUCCACAUACUGUUUAGAAUAAAUAUGGAUCGUUGAAAAUGUCUCUUUGGUAUUUUCCAUCUUUUGGCCACUUGCUCCUCCUGGUCCUGAGAGGGUCCUGCUGUUCCCAUCGUGGGGUUUUGCUGUUACCAACUGUAGGUGCGACACUUUUAUCUCCUUUCCCCUCCUGGUACUGCUACUGUUCAUUAUCCAGCUAGAGAAAGUGUUCUAUGCAUUUUCACAGUGAGACCUGUGAUGUAGCUGUGCUUCUGAACAGUUUCAUGAUGUUGACUCAAGAAUUAAGAUUUUUUCUUUUUGGGAGGCAAUAAAAAUGACUGUCAUUUGCUUUUAUCUUUUGGUUUUAGCAGGUAACCUUUCUGCAUUAAGUACUGUUUGACCUUACCUUUUCUCCUUGGAAAAGCAUGGGUGUCUUGAAAGCCACCUUUUACCUGUAAGAAGAGUUUGAUGGAGGAAUUGGAGGAGUCUUUAAAAAGAAUGAGAGCUAUUCGCUUUUGAGCUGCUUUGGCGCCUGGGGCUGCUAGGGUGGUAAUUCUCCUCCCACUUUAGGUAGAAUCAUAGAACCUGAGAGUUCUAUGAGCUUUUAAGAUUUUUGGUUUAAUUCAGUUGACUGAUGAGGUUAGAGGCUUUGUUUCAGAUGAACAUUUAGUUAAUAAGAUCCUGACUCAGUGUCCAGUAUUUGUUUUACUGUUCCACAACUGUCUUAAUUAAAUGUGCUCUUUUCUUUAAAAAUUAGUUUUACUUGAUGUUUAAGAAUAUACUUGAAAAGAUAUGCCAUGGUUUGAUAAAUAACCAUCAGAGUAUUCAAACUGAAAGUGUAUUAAGUGUAACGUUAAUUAGUGCAAAUAAUCUUCAUUUACCCCUCCUACGCAGUUUUUCAUAAAGGGGUAGCAAAAACGCAUUGCCGUUGUUCCACAUUGGUAGCACAGCAUGGUAAACAGCCUUAUUUAAGAGAGCCUUAUAAAAACAAGUUAUUAAAUGGAGGCAUUGAGCUCAUUAAGUUUAUGCUGAUUUGUUUUGUUGAGAAUAUUAUUAAAUUAUGAAUGAAAUGACAGGGCCUACCUGUGUAUAAAUGAUCCUUGCUAAGUAUCUUAAGGUUUUUUGUAAAAAACAAAACCAACAAAACAAAAAAAAAACUUAUUUUCACAUUAAAAUGAAACUUCUUUUGCAACUUCAGAAUUCUAUGGAAAAGCAGUUUUUAUCAUAUUUGUGUCCAUGUACUUUUGUUUCUUAAAAUGGUUUAUUUACAAAAAAGAAUGUAAACAGUUCAUGAUCUGGCCAGUUGUAUUUUUCAGCUCCCAGAGGGAGAGUUGGUGAUGCUGAGUAAACCCUUCAGGAAACCUGAGGGAAACCGUCUGCUGCCAGUCCUGUUUGUGUGUGCCAUAAACCACCUCCAGACAAGGAGGAAACACUCACUUUUUAAUUUUUUAAUUGUAUUUGGAAUUACUGCUGUGUACUAAGAACUUGACCUAAAUAAAACCACGAAAAAUAUA